CGAGUGCAAGAGUAAGGCAGGAUUUCAGCGUGGGAUAUAGGCCUUUAGUGUGAAGAUACAUUAAGCCAGGAAUCAUCGUCAGUGACAUUUAGACACGAAAAUUUGGAAGAUUAAACAACUGUGAAGGUUGAUCAUGGAAAUCAAAGAGGAAGGAGCAUCAGAAGAAGGCCAGCACUUUCUUCCCACAUCCCAGGCAAAUGAUACUGGGGACUUCCAGUUCACAAGUAUUCAGAAGACUCCAAAUGAACCACAGUUGGAAUUCAUCCUCGCCUGCAGAGGCCUGUCCCGCCCCGCGCGCGACCGCGGCCGCCGCCCCCGCGAGCCCAACGCGCUGGUGCAGGUCUCCGUGGCCCAGCCCGCCGCGCCCGGCCCCACGCGGUACGCGAGCACCGAGGUCGUGGAGGGAACAAGAGACCCGCUGUUUCUGACUGGGGUCACCUUCCCGUCCGAGUAUCCCAUCUAUGAGGAGACCAAGAUAAAGCUGACGGUCUAUGAUGUCAAGGACAAGGCUCAUGACACCGUUCGAACCAGUGUCCUGCCUGAACGCCAGGAUCCCCCGCCGGAGGCCGGGCGCAGCUUCCUGGGCUAUGCCAGCUUCACCGUUGGGGAGCUACUGAGGUCCAAGGAGCAGCUGCUCGCCCUCAGCCUGAGGACUUCAGAUGGUGGCAAAGUUGUUGGCACCAUAGAAGUCAGUGUCGUGAAGAUGGGGGAGAUUGAGGACGGGGAAGCCGACCACGUCACGACAGAUGUGCAGGGACAAAAGUGCGCGCUGGUGUGUGAAUGUGCGGCCCCCGACGGUGGGAGCGGGAAAGAGAACCUGCCCUUCCUGAAUGCAGUGCUAAAGAACCCAGUGUGUAAAUUAUAUAGAUUUCCCACAUCUGACAAUAAGUGGAUGCGAAUCCGGGAGCAGAUGUCAGAGAGCAUACUUUCUUUUCAUAUUCCUAAGGAAUUGAUUUCUCUUCACAUAAAAGAAGACUUGUGUAGAAACCAGGAGCUAAAAGAACUUGGUGAGCUUUCUCCACACUGGGACAAUCUACGGAAAAAUGUCCUUACUCACUGUGAUCAAAUGGUGAAUAUGUACCAAGAUAUUCUGACAGAACUUAGCAAGGAAACAGGGUCCUCUUUCAAAUCAAGCAGCAGCAAAGGAGAGAAAACAUUAGAAUUUGUUCCCAUAAAUCUUCAUCUGCAAAGAAUGCACGUACACAGCCCUCACUUGAAAGAUGCUCUCUACGAUGUCAUCACCGUGGGAGCCCCAGCCGCCCAUUUUCAGGGAUUUAAGAACGGUGGUCUUCGGAAACUACUCCAUAGAUUCGAAAUGGAAAGAAGAAAUACUGGAUACCAGUUUAUUUACUAUUCACCUGAAAACACAGCCAAAGCAAAAGAAGUUCUCAGCAACAUCAAUCAACUACAACCUCUGAUAGCAACCCAUGCAGACCUGCUGCUUAAUUCUGCAAGCCAGCAUUCUCCAGACAGCUUGAAGAAUUCUUUAAAGAUGCUUUCAGAAAAAACAGAGCUUUUCGUGCACGCCUUCAAGGAUCAGCUGGUCAGGAGCGCUCUUUUAGCCCUCUACACUGCCAGGCCAGGAGGUGUCCCGAAGAAGCCACCAUCUCCUAAGAGCAGCGCAGACGACAGCUGCCCCCAGGACGCACCCCCGCCGGUGGGAAGGCAGGACUCCAUACCCCAUCACUCAGACUACGAUGAAGAGGAGUGGGAUAGGGUGUGGGCCAACGUGGGGAAGAGCCUGAACUGCAUUAUCGACAUGGUGGAUAAACUGAUUGCAAGAGAUGGUGCCAGUGAAGGCGGCGGUGGCAGCAGCAAAGACGGAGAAAAGGACGCUUCUCCAGUGGACCCCAUCACAGCUCAUCCAAGGGAGGACUGGUACGAGCAGUUGUGUCCCCUCAUCCGCGCCCUCAAGGACUGCAUGGGAGAAGUGGUGAACCGAGCCAAGCAGUCCCUGGCCUUCGUGCUCCUGCAGGAACUCGCGGCCGGCUUGCCCCAGUGCCUGAUGCUCACCCUCAGGAGGGACGUCGUCUUCAGCCAAGCACUUGCUGGAUUGGUGUGUGGUUUUAUCAUCAAACUACACACGAGUUUGCAUGACCCUGGCUUUCUGCAGCAGCUUCACACCGUGGGAUUGGUGGUGCAGUAUGAAGGACUGCUGAGUACCUACAGUGAUGAAAUCGGGAUGCUGGAGGACAUGGCUGUUGGCAUCUCAGAUUUGAAGAAAGUCGCAUUUAAAAUCAUCGAAGCCAAAUCCAAUGAUGUCUUGCCAGUUAUAACAGGAAGGCGCGAGCACUACGUGGUGGAGGUGAAGCUGCCCGCGCGGAUGUUUGAGGCGCUGCCCCCGCCGGUCAGGGAGGGCCAGCUGCUGCACGUGCACCCCGUGCUCUUCAACGUUGGAAUCAACGAACAGCAGACGCUGGCGGACAGGUUUGGAGAUGUCUCUUUGCAGGAAAGUAUCAAUCAGGAGAAUUUUGAGCUUCUCAAAGAAUAUUACGCAGUAUUUAUGGAAAAGAUGCCUCCUGAUUACAUUUCACAUUUUCAAGAACAAAAUGAUUUAAAAGGAUUACUAGAAAAUCUCCAUCAAAAUAUCCAAGCCAAAAAAAGAAAGAAUGUAGAAAUCAUGUGGCUGGCUGCAACGAUUUGUCGCAAACUAAACGGUAUUCGUUUCACCUGUUGCAAAAGCGCCAAAGACAGGACGUCGAUGUCAGUGACUCUUGAGCAGUGCUCAAUCUUGAGAGAUGAGCACCAGUUGCACAAGGACUUCUUUAUCCGAGCCCUGGAUUGUAUGAGAAGAGAAGGAUGCCGCAUAGAGAAUGUACUGAAGAAUGUCAAAUGCAGAAAAUAUGCUUUCAACAUGCUACAGCUGAUGGCUUUCCCCAAGUACUACCGACCUCCAGAGGGGACUUAUGGAAAAGCUGACACCUAACUUUGCCAACACGCAAAUAAACAGGAACACAAACACGCCUCAGUCGGACAAUCUCCACCCUUUUCACUUUUCGAUUGUCACAAAAUCCGUGGAGGAGGGUGAUCAGGGACGCUUGCCCAAAUCUAGGGAUUACUUGAAUUAGGUAUUUAGCAUAUUACUCUGAAAGGAGUCCGUUAGAAAAACCUUAAGUGACAUUGUGACCCUAGUUCUCAGCUUCCGCACUUUGCCCCUGUGCUGGGUGGGCCCCACGCCCACGCCCACGUCCACGUCCACGCCCACGUCCACGUCCUUCGUGGAGGCCGUUAGCCACAGGCAUUCUGAGCAGACGCAGGUGGGUUCCACAGGAGGGCACAGGUGUCUCCGAGAGGGAUGCUCGGCCUCCAAAGUGGAGACGGGACGGGGCGGGGGAAGGGAAGAGAGGCUCAGACAUGUUCUCUCACAGCCGUCGUCACGUGCGACCUUAGGGCCCAUUCGUGGGAGCGGGAAAAUAUUUUUCCAGCGAAUUAAAAUUCGGUAGCGUCGACGCGCGGUCUUGACUGUAGGCGUGGGUGGCAGGUGUGCCGGUGACGACUCGGCCCCCAGCAGGCUGGGACGCGUCCUCCCGGGCGACGGGUGACACUGUCAGCCACACGGUGGAGGUGCUUCCCCGUAUCAAGGGAUCUUCCUAAAACUCUGACUCGGUCGUGUGGCCCCGUCACCCAAGCGGUGACAGAGAAAGCUGCCGGGUGGAGGACAGGAGCGCCGCACCGCAAGGGACUGCAGCCGCGGGAAGUGGACGAUGAGCCGCCUGCUGCUGUCACAUGUGAGAAUCCCCAUCAGCCUCAACCUCGUGCAGCCAAGCCCGUAAAGGUCAGUGAAGCACCUUGGUGACGUUUCCCAACAGCCACCUUGCUGCGGCACGGGGCAGGCGGACGUGCGCGUUGCCUGGCCUCGUUCCCGUGUGUGAGGGGCCGUCCCAAGGCCCGAGCAACCCUGACGGACGUAAACGGAAACGAUUAUUUCUGUUAGCCCGAAUCUGAAAUUUGUUCCCGGUAAAAUCGCGUCACAGGUUCUCCAAAAUUCCAGAUUAAGCGAUUGCUAGAGAGGCCGUCUUGCACGGCGCCAUCGGAAACGGGCAAAUUAGAGCCCCCGGGAGGCAGGCCCCAGUCGUCCCAGUAGACGGCUUUAGAACCACGGUUACAAUCUCUUAUCUUCCUAGCCUGUGGCUUGUCCGUUUUCCAAAUGGCCAUGCUGAAAAUAGGUGAAAAUCAUGGAGGAAUGCUGGUUAGUUACGUGGAAAUUGGCAUUUAUUGCCAGAAUCGAACCUUCGAGAACAACGGCCUGAAUUGGUGGAGCCCAUUUGCUCCCGAUGUUCAGAGUUUAUUCUUCUCCUCACCCGUGGGAAGAGAACGCUCUCCGGAGAAGGAAUCUCCCCUCGGAAACGCUGGGGCUUGUCACACAGACACCUCCCGGCCGUGAGCACAUUCAGCGGGGGGGGCGGGGGGUGACCUUACGGGGUUUUCCACCGCUGCUGUGACAGCUCCUUGGCUGACGCGUCUGCUGAACUAAGGGCUCCAGACACAUCUCCAGGCUCAUGUUGGGUUUUUCAGACGACCACAAAUCUCAGAUGACCGUUUGGGGCUUUUCAUAGGAGAAUUCUCAAUCCGUUAUUUUAGCUAGUGACGUGCGGGCAUUGCAUUUGAGGCCAUUGACACACGGCUUACAGGUUUCUUUUUUAAGGAAAAGAUGCUGUAUACUGUAGAUGAGAUCUAGCCACAGUCCAGACUUCUUGGUGUGCUCCCUUAUGCUUCAUUCUCCAUUUUAGUGAUUAAUUUUUGAACUGUCCGAUUUUAUUUGGAAAUGGUAGGAUUUUGUGGUUGUUUUCGUGAUCCCCCUGGAUUUCAUGUGAAGAGGUCGGGAUGACGGAGGUUUCCUUGAAGAACAGUGAAGCCUCAUUCAGCAUAUAAGUUCCAAGAGAAGUCAAAGGAAAAUGUAUCGUCCCGUAAAUACUCUUUGUAUAGUCAUUUUUGUUUGUCUUUUUAAAAAUGAGAACUCGAGACUCAAAUACGGAAAAAAUAUGUACUAACUAGAAAGCCAGUAAGUAAGGUGUUCUAUUUGGGGAAGAUAGCCCAAUUUUUUUUUCUUUUUUAAUAAGUACUGGCAGAGAAGUCUCAAAGCCUCGAACUUUAUACAAAUACACAGAAGUUUUCUUUUAUUAUCAGCAGAGUCAUCUGCCUUCCCCUAUACAAAGCCUCAAUAUUUGCACACUUUUAAAAGUGGGUUCCAUCAACAGAAUUCAUGUUUCAUAUCAACAAUACUGCUUUUCUGAGACAUAUUCAAGUAUUGUUGGAAAUCCCCUGUACUAUUUCUUAAGUAAUUACAGUUUUCUAGAUCAAAGAGCAAAUUUUGAGGAGUUUUAAAAUGUCCUUUGUACAAUCACAGCCUAGUUAUGCUUUUCUCUAUUUUUAUUUAAAAGAUACACCAGCAGGCCUAUUUCAAGAGAUCAGACUGAACCAGAAACGGAACCAAGAAAAUGACAUUUCCAAACAAGACAAAUUUUUUUUUUGUUUUGCUAAAAAUACGUUUCCCCUCUAAUGUUAUCAAAUGCAGAUAUCAAUUCUGCUUAACUAUGUGCAGAGUUCUACAGAAAACAUAUCUAAAAACAAGGGAAGGUGACAUCUUGAUUAUAUUUGACCCAGUGGCAAAAGACCCAGAGCCUGAAAAUGUUCCACGAAACAGCUAAGCAUAAACAUUUCAAAUAUUUAAUUGAAGCAGACCCACAUUUGGAUGCAUUCGUUAAUUUCUCAUGUGGUUGUCGGGCUUUUUUUCCAUAUAAAUGGUGUCUUAGAUUUUGUCUCUACCCUGCCUUUGCUGUUGGAUCAGUCUAAUAAUCCAGUGAGUCAGAGCCACGAUUUGAUCCUGCCCACAAAUGGUGCUAAAAUGACCAACCAGCUAAUUAGAGCAAUACACCACGUGACUGGCCUCCAGUUCUUACUUUUUUAAGACUAUUUCCUGAAAACUAUGAAGUCUUUAAAAGCUAGCAUCUGGAUGGAGGAUACUUGCCUUUCUCCCCCCAACUACGUAUGGCAUUUUGCAUAAAGUAAGACUCACAGUGGAAAAGAAAAAGAUCUGUAUGCAGUAAUGCUUUCCUUCCCUCCUGACCUAAAGCAUGAUACGUGCCACCGAGAAAGCGUACCCGGGGUGGCCUGGAACUGGCCCGUGCAGACUCCUGAGAGCUGGUCAUUAAAUUUUCAGGAAUUUUGUAAGCCAGUUGUUAAACACACCAUCAUUAAAUAUUAAAAUAUCAAAAGCAAUUGAAUAAUUUUUACAAAAAAAAGAUAAUCAAAACUUACCACUUCCUAAUUAGAUUCCUUCAUUUUUCUCUUCGCCUGUGCUUUUGAGGUUAGUUGUGUCCGUGGUAUCUGCACAGUGGAAGCAGCAUAGCAUCAGGGGCAACUGGGCCUCUCUUUCUGACUCCACACCCAGUAACAUCAUAUGGGCGGCUUGAAACUGACCACAGGGGGAGUUUUCACUCGCAGAAAUUGCCAAAUGCUGAAAACUGGGACUUUUGAUUCCUGGAAAAAGCCAGUUGUUAAACAUUUACCAGCACACAACUGGAUGACACCAUCACCUUUUUCCUCCAGCAAUGACAAAUAAUUGGAAGCAUUAUAAAAUUAGUAAUAUGGGGGAUCCCUGGGUGGCGCAGAGGUUUGGCGCCUGCCUUCGGCCCAGGGCAUGAUCCUGGAGUCCCGGGAUCGAGUCCCGCGUCGGGCUUCCUGCAUGGAGCCUGCUUCUCCCUCUGCCUGUGUCUCUGCCUCUCUCCCUUUCUCUUUGUCUCUCAUUAGUAAAUAAAUAAAAUAUUAAAAUAAUAAAAUAAAAUAAAAUAAUAAAAUAAAUAAAAUUAGUAAUAUGGUGUUAAAUGUAGUCAGGCAUCUUCAGUUGGCUACAAUUUUAUUUUGGUUCCCCCCCCCUUUUAAAGACACUUAUUAGGCCGUAAGUAAUAUUUCAUGUCUAUAUUUUAUUCAUAAUAAAAUUAUAUAAUCACACAGAUGCAUUUAAAAAUGUAUCUCUCAAAAAAAAAUAAAAAAAAUAAAAAAUAAAUAAAAAUGUAUCUCUCUUGAUGUUCUGCAAGGGAAAUCUUAGCAAUGCAACUGUAGUGUGAGCAGUAACAACCGUGGGCUAAGUCCAGGGAAAUGGGAGCCUAACGAGAGCAUCACUGAAGCUGUGCUUCAGUGCACAUUUUCAAGUUCAUGAUUUUAGCAUUUGCUAAAGGCAGGAAAAACGGUAACAUAUCACUGUGUCCAGAUCCUAGUAAAUAUAGCUCAGUUGAAACCCAAACUGUUAGAUUAAGCAAAUGAAACUCUGGCGGUGCGGUAUGCUAAGACGCCGCAGACGCGUUAGAUGUUUGAUUUCCACGCCUGGUGGCCUAUCAGCUGUUUAACUCAAUACGCAGGGCACCUUUUGUAAUCUUUAGGAAAUAAAUUAACGUUUAUCACAGAUUUAAGAAACUGGCCUGAAAAAAAAACCGCGAUCAGCAGUUCCAGAGGGAAGCUCGCAUGUGGAGCACAAAGCAUCCCUAAUAGCUGGAGGCUUUACAAAUUAUGCACCACUGACGAGAAUGAAUUGCUGAGCGUUGUGCGGUUGAUUGACAAUUUUAGUGUGAAUUGACAUUCAUUUAGCUCAGCUGCAGUCUGCAAAAGCUAUGCCUCCCCCCCUCCCAUGUUUCUAUUUUACUGCUUUGCAAGGAAAGCUCUAAUAUAUCCUUUGUUUCUUCGGCAUUUUUAAGUUAGAACUUUCUACCCAGACAGAUGCUACCUAUAGCAAAACGGUCUUUAGAAACAGAAUAAAAUAAAAUUCAUGUUGAGAUAGAAUAUUGUGAGCCAAUUAGGUAUAGAGUGAAGGUAUGGAAAUUUGGAUUUUUACUUUCUGAGUCACAGCACACAUUAAUCAGUCUUUGAAUUUUAUUUCUAAGCAAGUAAGAGUAUAAAGUGCUUCCAAUGUCAAAGAAACAAAGCAUAACGGGCUGCUAGUAACAAGGAGGUAGAAAAAAAAUUAUAAGGUAGUAUCAGCACCCCCCAAAAAAUUAUACAUGCAAUUAGGUAUUCUCAGCUGGAAAAAUCUAUUCUCAUAGAUUACAUAAAUCUUUAGAAUAAUAAAUUAAAAACAGGAAAACAAGGCUCACAAUGAAGCACAACGCCCAGACAGCCUGAAUAUCAAGAGAGAAAACCGAACAUUCGUGAUGUUGCCCGACAAGCCAUCCUCUUGUUUACCUUUUAGUAAAUAGAGUUCUUUACGAUGAUACUGCACUUUCCUACUCACGGCAUGAAUAUAUUCAUAAACUUCCUAAAAUCGUUGAAAUUACUCUAAGGUCACAAAAAGGCAUAAUCCAGCAGCCCAUCCUCAGUGAUCACUGGGUACGGCUUCGUUGUCUGGGAGACUGUACUGACUCACAGAUUGGCCAGAUUGCCUUAUCCUCUACACAGUCUUGCGAUGCUUUUUUUUUUUUUUUAUCACUGUCAAUAUUUAAAAAUAUUUCACAUCAAAGGACUCUCAGCCUGUUUAAAGGCAGGCCCCACGUGUCUGUAAGUGCGUAGACACUCCCAUUUCCCUCCACAAGAGCUACCCUUUAUACACGUACACUUUUCAUGUGGAUACUUCAUUAUUUUGUUUAACCUAACAUCUAGUGUUCGGAUUCUUAUGGUACUUACCUGAAAUGUUGGCAUUUGUUUUCUUUUUUUUUAUGUUAAAUAUAUAUUCUAGAUGAGCCAAUAAUGUGUAUUCCUAGGAAAUGGGGCACAAAUAGGCUAGAUCAUGUUAUAUUGGCGUUUGAAGAAAUAUCAUUUUAUUUUGUUGUUCUGUGUAAACCAUAUUCAUUGUACACUGUGUGUAUAUUUUUUUAAAUAAAUGUGAUUUUUAUUUUUUA